AUGGCCUCACGCACCUUUGUCGUCGUUUCCCCGCAGGCCCGCGCCUCGUACAUUGCCCUCGCCGCCAUCGGCCGCCGCGCCUUCCACGCGGCCAACGUGCAGCGCUCCCAGUACAACCGCUCAGACUUCUCCGGGCAAGGCUUCAGCAGCUUCUAUGAGCCCAACGAGCCCACCAGAGGGCCCUUGGCCGGCUCGCCCAGCCAAGGUGUCAGCCGCGUAACGCCUCGCAUGCUCAAGGAGCACCUGGAUCAGUUUGUCGUCGGCCAGGAGCACGCCAAGCGCGUCCUCGCCACGGCCGUCUAUGGUCACUACCUUCGCAUACGAGAGAUACAGCGGCAGGAAGAAGAACACCUCCGCCGCGAGGAGAGGGCGGCGCGGCAGGCGCUUGCUCACAGACACCCAGUAGAAGGUGAUUCCGCUUUCAUCUCUGACUCUCAUGACUACGAGUUCCCGGGCCAGCAGCCCACCAUGCGCGUGCAUCCGUCUCACAUGGACCCACCGCCCGAUCCGCCGCCGUUGGAAGACAGCACUCCCAUGCACAUUGAAAAGUCAAACGUGCUGAUGUUGGGUCCCACCGGUGUGGGCAAGACACUGAUAGCCAAGACACUCGCCCGUAUACUAGAAGUGCCCUUCAGCAUGUCUGACUGCACGCCGUUUACGCAAUCGGGGUACAUUGGGGAAGACGCAGAGAGCUGCGUGCAGAGGCUUCUCUCGGCUGCAAACUACGAUGUGGAGGCUACAGAGCACGGCAUCAUAGUGCUAGACGAGAUUGACAAGAUUGCCGGCGUCAAAAUGGCGCAUGGUAAGGACGUCGGCGGCGAAGGCGUACAGCAGUCGUUGCUGAAGAUUAUCGAGGGCACCACGCUGCAAAUACAGGCCAAAGCGGAACGCGGAGCCGCCGGAAAACCCCCUGGCGCAGCGGGCAGUUCGAGCAACUUCUCUUCCAGCAACCCACUGGAUAGCUCACGCCCAGGCCUUGGGGCAGGCCCCAUCACCCCUGGUGGCAAAGGCGAAGUGUUCAACGUGCGGACCGACAACAUCCUCUUCAUCUGCACCGGCGCCUUUGUUGGCCUAGAGAAGAUCAUCCUCGACCGCAAAGCCAAAGGCGGACUGGGUUUCGGCGCCCAGGUUCGCGCAGCUGAUCGCGACCAGGGCAAGCACGACACCAUACUCAGUGACGCUGACGUAGACACCUUUCGUCAGGACCUCCCCAUCUACGUCCCCUCCGAGUCCGAAGUCCCCACGCCCUCCAAUGUGCGGCACUCAAAGUACCGCGAGGAGGAGUACAACGUGCUCAAUUAUGUCGUGCCGGCAGACCUGCAAAAGUACGGCAUGAUUCCCGAGCUCAUCGGACGCAUCCCAAACACGUGUGCAGUGUCGGCGCUGGACGAAGAAGCUCUGGUGCGUGUCCUCACCGAGCCGAAGAACAGCCUCAUCCGCCAGGAAGCCGCACUCUUCCACGCCGACGGCAUGGAGCUACGAUUCACGUCUGGAUCGUUGCGCGAGAUUGCCAAAAAGGCAAACGCCAUGGGCACGGGUGCGCGCGGUCUCAAGGCUGUCGUCGAGCGCUUGCUGCUGGGGACCAAGUUUGAGGCGCCUGGAAGCACAGUGAAGCACAUCCUCGUGACACAGGAAGCCGCACAGCUCAAACGCGCACCGCUGCUGUUCCACCGCGGGCAAUCGCAGGCCUUUGAGACGAUGGCCGCGCAAGCAGAGGAUGAAUGGCAGGACAAGCUGCGCGAGCGGGAAGAGCAUCUCAGCAGUAUCAGCAGUUUCGAGGAGUACAGGAAAGCCGGCGCGGCGGGGUACUAG